AUGGCAGGCGCACUUAGUCAGCCAGAAGAUGCGGCGUCGGUGCUGGAGCAAUUCGUUCACGAUGUGGCGAACGUGCCGGCCGAAAUCACUCAUCUAAUGGAAGAGCUCCAAGCCAAAGAUCUUCAAAUCACUGCCUUCAAAGACGAGAUCGCGAAGCGAGACAGCCAGAUCCAGAAGUGGGUGAGAAUCAACGGCGGCCACGUCCCCAACCCAAAAGAAGAAGCCUUCUCCAAGACCAUCAGCGAGUGCUACGACAAGAUGGAAAUCUUACAAGCAGAGAAGUGUGGUCUCGCCGAGAAGGCUCAAAUCAUCCUCGACCGUCAAAUCAAGCGUCUUGACAUUGGCUUGAAGGGACUUGCGCAAACCGAACAAUUUCCGUCAGAUUGGAAUGGUCCAAGUCUUUUGACUGGCAGCGGCGCCGCCACCGGAGUCAAUACACCAGUCGCAGGCACAGCUCCCAGCAUGCCCCUUCAAGCUGUCAGUGGUAACAUCGGCUCGAUCAUCCCAAUGCAAAACGCCGCACAACACCAAAUGGCUGCCAAUGCGCGCUCUACUGCUCGCGGAACGCCAACCGGCGGCCAGACACCCACCACCUUACCAAGAAGCCAGCGCGAAGGUAGCAGCGAUGUUAAGAAGAGAAAGCUGAACGUCUCGCUGGGAUCUCUACCAAACAGCAGCUUGCGUCAAUCGUCUCUUGGACCAGGCACACCAAAGGCCGGCACACCUGUACCAACCGGUGUCGCAGCAUCUCGCGCUGGUUCUGCACAACCCACCGCAGCCCAGAAGAAAGGCGCACAUCCCCCACCAGGCAACCGUAAAGCCGCGCCACCACCAUCCAAGAAGUCCAACCGCUCUCGUCCUUCCGGACAGAAGAAAGAUCGUCGCCGCCAACUCGCCAGAGAUCGCGCCACUCCUAGCACGAAUGCCUCGCUUUCUGAUGACUCCGAUGACGACUCCGCAUCUCCAACGCCAUCCUCGAUUCAACGCAGCCAGGCUGAUGGCACUGCCGAAGGUGGCGAUGAUAACGAGGACGACGAGACGCUGUACUGUUUCUGCAAGAAGGUCAGCUACGGCGACAUGGUGGGCUGCGACAACGACAACUGUCCUUACCAGUGGUUCCACUAUAAGUGCGUGGGCGUCACUGAGGAGCCGACGGGAGAGUGGCUGUGUCCGGAGUGCCGCAAGAAGCCGAAGAAGGAGUUGCGCAUCAACAGGAGCUAG